GCUUUGCAAUCACAGCACAUGGAAUGCAGAGGCGAAAUCAUUUGGACAAGACGUUUGCCUUCUUUUCAACAGAUUAUGGGAUUAGGAUGCAGAGUUAUGGAGAACUAGAUAAUUGAUGAUUCUUAGGAGUUGAUAUUCUUUUCCCGUAACACAAUUAUGGUGGGGGAAUUCCUCCCUACACUAAACUAAUCAUGCCAAACAGAAUGUCAGAACAGGAAGGGAGUAAAGAAAUCGGUUUGGGAAGGAGCACCAAAGUAACCAUGUCGUUGUGGCAGUAAGACCUGAAGCCAAAAAAGGAAACCAAAAGUAGAGAGGCAGGCGUAUUAAAAUCGAAGAGUGGUAUGGACGGAAAGGAGCGAGGGAGGAGUCGGGAGAGCGGUGCGGUUGAGAGGGCGACCAAAGGCUUCGCGCGAAGUGGCAAUUUAUAUGCCUCCACUACUCGAAUGGCUGCGUCGCUUUGCUGAUUACUCCUUGUCCCCAAUUUCAACCUUCGCGAGGUUUAUUAAUUUCUCCAAAAAUUGAAACCUUUUUGGCUUCCAGUUCUUUUGUCGUAUGACGCGCCGCGCCCAAGUUUUCUGCUCGAAAAGUAAACGUGUUUUGGCGAAGAAUUAGGGAGAAGAAGCGUUCUUCGCAGGAGAUAGUUUGUUCUUGGUCUCUGAUUUCCUUUGGGAAAAAAGUUACUUUUGGGAUGAGAACGUCGGCUGAUCAUAAUUGGAAUUUUAGUUAUGGUGGAGUUUUUCCUCCAUCUUUUAGCAAUCAAAUCGUAGUUCCUCUUCAGCCAGCAACGUUGAGCAAUGUGACAGACUUGAUAUCCGAGGGAAUGCGUGCUUCAGUCGACGUUCGUAGCAUGGCAGGAUUGAUCUUGCCUGGCAACCUUGUCACUCGGAGUAAUUCUUCACCUAUAAUGCCACUGCCUGGUAAUCUUUCAGGAAACAUCGUUCUUGACCCAGUGCCCCCUCUCAAGCUCAGUCCAGCAGCAGCUGCUAGUUGGUCUUUGGAGGAAUUGUAUGUGCUGAGGCAAGGCCUUGUAGAAUAUGCUACUGAACCAACUAGUAUAAUGAAGUAUAUCAAGAUAGCAGCUAAGCUUCCUGAGAAGACAGUGAGGGAUGUCGCCAUGAGGUGCCAGUGGAUAGCUAAGGAGAGUGGGAAAAGACGCAAGUUAGGAAGUUACUAUGCUGAAAAGAAGGAAAAGGUGGUGUAUUCUUCCUCACUGAGUACUGUAACUUCUGUUCAACCAAAGGGCACCACCUACUCUUCUUUGAGGAUAUAUGAUGUGCCCAGCAAUAAACAGCCCAGUCAAGGAGCUUCUCCAGUGAACACUGAGACACAAUGCCUUCUAAUGGAGAAUUGUAACCUUCUCAAUCAGAUUGGGUCAAACCUCGAAUUGAGUAAGCUAGAAGAUAAUAUCAACCUAUUCUACCGAACAAGAGUGAACAUAGCAACCGUUUUAAAUAGGAUGAGUGACAAACUAGGAAUGAUGAGUCAGAUGCCUCCAUUGCCGGUGCUAAUUGAUGAUAACCUUUUCCAGCCCAUUCUUCCCCUAGCUAGACAGGUUCUGUAAGAGGAAGAUCAUUUGCCUGCUUCAUGAAUGCUGCUGAAAUUUCUGUCGAAGCUUGUUUGUAGGUAUACUAUGCUCUUCCCGGGUGAUCCAAUCAGGUUUAGGAGCACAUCAACCUGAAGAUCAACUAGGUUCCAAUCGAUGCCACGACAUUCAGUAUAAUCUAGCAAUGAAAAUUCAACUUCUCCUGCAAUUGCCCAUGUCUGUCCAUCUGAUAGCAAGUAUUCCGGUCACACUAGCGUAAGCACUUUGGUCGAACAAAGUUAUUCAGUGCUCAAUCUUCGAACUGUAUCAGGUUGAACGAACUAUAAUGGAAGAGACAGGACACUUUUAUCA